UUUUUGCCUUCAAUUCUAUCACCUAUUUCUUGUGUUAUAAAAAAAAGACCUAAACAAAGGAAGAAAAGAGGCCUGUUUUUUUAUGUCAUUUCCCAAGAGGCUCUUUCUCUCUCAAAUUAUAGAGUUUUAGCAGCUGGAUUUUGGAACCAACACUCCACAGUACAGUCCACACACCAUGUGUGUUACUGUCACAAAUAUGGUUAUUUUCAUGUAACUAUCCAAAUUUCACUUACCAAUUUCCCUAGAAGAAAAGUUGAAACCAUUCACUAGCCAUUGCAAUGAUUCCAAUCAAAAGUAUUGGAUCCCACUUAACCCAAGAAAUUUUAACAAUAUAGAAAGAAAGAAAUCAUAGAGAAACGAAAAGAAUGGUUAUUUUUGGUGUUUGGUUACUGGGAGGAUUAUUUCACGUGACAGUUCUGCCAUUGUGUCCGUGAGUUUUACUACUUUUCUGCACACUUUCAUGCCAAUGUUUUGUUCGAUGAAAUGUCUCAACGAAAGCUCUUACUAUGCAUGAAUGAAAAAUGUGAAGGAAAGCAACCACAUAUUGUAGAUCUAAUGAGUUAAAAGCUUUUGAGGUGGUUUUGUUUUAGUAGGUGAAUCAACUUCUACCCAACCUGCAUUAAAAGUUUCGAUAACUUCCACCAAAAAUCAACAAUGUCUAUUCAAUAGUAAUAGCUUCUACUACAACAAUAGGUCUUGUUUGGGGUCCAGUUUUAUUGCUGUUCUUAAAAUGGAGAGAUUCUCAUUCUCCUUUCUAUUUUUCAUCAUUUAUCUACUUUUUCUCUUCACUCCUCAAUUAGCUAGAUCACAAAACGACGAUUCACAACCACUUUUAGCACUCAAAUCCUCCAUUGAUAUUCACAACAAGCUUCCAUGGCUACAACAAGUAAACGACGACGUUUGCACUUGGGUAGGUGUUAAAGACUGUUACCAAGGUAGAGUUAGAAAGCUAGUACUUGAGUAUUUCAACUUAACGGGGAAAUUAGAUUCACAAAUUUUAAACCGUUUGGAUCAACUUCGAGUUCUUAGUUUCAAAGGAAACUCACUCUCUGGUCAAAUCCCUAAUCUCUCGAAUCUCGUUAAUCUUAAGUCUAUUUAUCUUAACGAUAACGAUUUCUCCGGCGAGUUUCCUGUUUCGGUUUCGCUUCUUCAUAGAGUCAAAGUUAUUGUUUUAUCCGGUAAUAAAAUCUCCGGCGAGAUUCCGGUGUCGUUGCUUAAGCUUUCUCGGCUCUAUGUACUGUACUUGCAAGACAAUUUGUUUACUGGUUCGGUUCCGAGUUUUGAUCAAACCGGACUUAAGUACUUGAAUGUCUCGAACAAUAGACUCUCCGGCAGGAUUCCGGUGACAGCUACAUUGAUCCGGUUUAAUGCGUCGUCGUUUUCAGGAAACAUAGAGCUCUGCGGUGAACAGAUCCACCGUGAAUGCAAAAAUAGGACUCUGUUAGCACCACCGCCGUUUGGUGUGGGUCCCGUUGGAGGAAACGCGAAGACGACGUCGUCGAGAUCGAACCGUAAGAAACUGAUAAAGAUAAUUGGAGGAAGCGUUGGUGCGUUUGUUUUGUUGUUAAUUUGUUUAAUUUUACUGGUGUGGGUAAUUUGCAAGAACCGUAGGAAGAGAGUGGGUUCUUCCGGAGCGAGAAGGAACAACAAGGGUAAUGCUGAUGUGGCAGCUGCAGAAGGUGAAAAUCCCGGAGAAGGGGAGGGUAGAGGAAGUAAUUACGAGGCGAAACAAGGGGGGUUUGCUUGGGAAAAUGAGGGUAUAGGGAAACUGGUGUUCUGCGGAGCAGGGGAUCGUGAAAUGGGUUAUAGUUUAGAGGAUUUACUUAAGGCUUCAGCAGAGACAUUAGGGAGGGGUAUUAUGGGAAGUACAUAUAAAGCAGUGAUGGAAUCAGGUUUUAUUGUUACAGUAAAGAGGUUGAAAGAUGCUAGGUACCCUGGGUUAGAGGAGUUUAGGGCACAUAUAGAUUUACUUGGGAAGCUUAGACACCCUAAUCUGGUCCCACUUAGGGCUUAUUUUCAAGCAAAAGAAGAACGUCUUCUUGUCUAUGAUUAUUUCCCCAACGGAAGCCUUUUCUCUCUUAUUCAUGGAUCGAAAACAUCUAAUGGGGGAAAACCUCUUCACUGGACAUCAUGUCUUAAAAUUGCAGAAGAUCUAGCAACAGGCAUUCUCUAUAUCCACCAAAACCCUGGCAUGACACACGGAAACCUGAAGUCUUCUAAUGUGUUACUUGGUUCCGACUUUGAGUCCUGUCUCACUGAUUAUGGUCUCAACGUGUUCCUCAAUCCCGACACAAUGGAUGAACCAAGUGCCACUUCUUUUUUCUAUAGAGCACCCGAGUGCCGCAGUUUUCAAAGGCCACAAACUCAAUCUGCCGAUGUAUACAGCUUUGGUGUUCUUCUCCUCGAGCUUUUGACAGGAAAAACACCCUAUCAAGACCUUGUUCAGGCACACGGUUCGGAUAUACCUAGAUGGGUUCGGUCAGUACGUGAAGAAGAGACCGAGUCCGGAGAUGAUCCUGCCUCAUCAGGCAAUGAAUCUUCUGAAGAGAAGCUUCAGGCUCUUUUGAACAUUGCAAUGGCAUGUGUUUCAGUUAGUCCAGAGAAUAGACCUACAAUGAGAGAAGUUCUAAAGAUGAUAAGAGAUGCAAGAGGGGAAACUCAUGUCUCAUCUAAUAAUAGUAGUGAUCAUUCACCUGGUAGAUGGUCAGAUACUGUUCAAAGCUUGCCAAGAGAUGAACAUCUUAGCAUAUAAUUUGAAACUUUUUUUUAUUUCUGAUGCAUUCUUAUUUUUCCUGAAUUGGUUAUUAAAUAUUGAUUUCGGACAUGACUAGGUGAUAAUGCUGUAAAGACAUACAUUCAUUCUUAAUCUCUUGCUUUGUGAGUAGUUGUUGGUUAGAGGUAAAUUAAUGGAUAUGGAUUCAUAUCAAA